AGGGCACACUCUUCAUCAUUCAAACACUUCAGAGAACCAGAGAGAGAGAGAGGGAGUGAUACAGAGAGAGAGUCGAAUCACUUUAAAUCUAUGAAGAUCCCCACUUUACAGGCAAGUUCUCAUCCCUACAUUCUUUGCUGUGAUUGAAAGCAUAUUAUAUAUAUAUCUAAAAUACAUCACCGUGUUUCUUCAAGAAAUGACUAUAUAUAUCUGCAAAAAUCUCGUCUCACUCUCUCUUAAGAACUCUUCACAUCUCAACAAAACCGCAAUCUCUCUUUUCUCUCUCCUCUUCUUCUCUUCCUCUCCAGAAACCCCUAUUGCGGUGGCCGAUUACUUGAUUGAUAGACACAAAUUUUCUCCUGAAUCUGCUUCGAAAGUCUCUUCCGUCGUAAAGUAUGUGAAAAGGCCCGAAGAGACCGAUUCCAUUCUUUCAUUUCUCAAGGAAAGUGGUUUUGCGGAAACCCAUCUCGAGCGUGUCAUAAAAAACGCGCCUCAGCUUCUCUCUACAAAUCUUGAGUGCACCAUCAAACCCAAAUUCAAGCUUUUUCGAGACUUGGGUUUUUCUUCUAGCGACGUUGUGGAAUUUGUUUCGUCUAACCCUCGGAUUCUAACUAGUAGCGUUGAUAAUCGGCUCGGCCCGUCGAUUUUAGCAUUGAAGAGUGUUUUGGGUUCGAAUAUGGAUGAUGUGUCUAGGAUUUUAAAGAGAUAUGGGAGGCUUUUGACGCAUGAUUUGGCGAAAACUAUGAUGCCCAAUAUUGAAUUUAUUAUGAAGAGCUGCAGUAUGAGUUCGACACAAAUUACCCGGUAUGUGUAUAAAUGGCCAAGAUUAUUCACGUAUAAACCGACGCAGAUUAGAGAAUAUGUGAAGUGGGUUGAUGAGAUGGGCAUUGACAGGAAGUCUAAGAUGUUUUUUAAAGCGAUUCGGGCUAUUAGUUCGAUGUCUAUAGAGAAUUGGGAAUUGAAAUUGGAGGUGUUUAAGAGUUUGAGAUUUUCCGAAGACGACAUUCUCUCAGUUUUUAGGAGGGCGCCUCUGGUGUUUACUCUGUCACAGAGGAAAAUUAAGGCGAAAACACAGCUUUUGCUUAGCACGGGCAAAUGUGAUAUCUCAUAUGUUGUUAAUCACCCAUUCUUACUUACUCUCAGUGUUGAGAAUAGGCUUAAGCCACGGCUAAGAGUUCUGGAGGUUUUGGAAAGCAGGAAUUUGUUUCUUAAAAAGCCGAGUUUGGCGACUGUAUGCCCCCUCACUGAUAAGAAGUUCUUUGAGAAAUAUGUACUCCCUUAUUCAGAUGAAGUUGGCGAAUUAUUCUAGGUUAACAAGGCCUAAUUGACAGCAGAAAUAUGUGCUUAAGAUCAUGACAUCCUUUGGGAUUUAAUACCUAGAGGCAGGCUGAGACUGAAAUCUUUUUCCCGAAAAGCAAAUCACUUGGCGGCAUAGCAUGGAGGGCGCCUGUGGUGUUUGCUCUGUCAGAGAGGAAAAUUAACGAGAUAACACAGCUUUUGCUUAGCACAGGCAAAUGUGAUAUUUCAUAUGUUGUUAAUUACCCAACCUUACUUACUUUCAGUGUUGAGAAUAGGCUUAAGCCACGCCUAAGAGUUCUGGAGGUUUUGGAAAGCAGGAAUUUGAUUCUUAAAAGGCGCUUGUUGAGGUUGGAAAGCAGGAAUUUGAUUCUUAAAAGGUGCUUGUUGAGAAUAGGCUUAAGCCACGGCCAAGUUUGACGAAAUAUGUACUCCCUUAUUCAGAUGAGGUUGGCGAACUAUUCAAGGCGCUUGUUGAAAGCAGAAAUAUGUGCUUAAGAUGAUCACAUCCUUUGGGACUUGAUGAUUUAAUACCUAGAGGCAGGUUGAGACUGAAAUCUUUUUCCCGGAAAGCAAAUCACUUGACGGCAUAGCAUGGUAGGUACUCUUUUGCACUACUCUGAAAAACAUGGAUUAAAUUUUUUCUUGUAUUCAUACGGUGUACUACUCUGAAAAACAUGGAUUAAUUUUUGUUUACAAGACUUGGCUUAUUGACUAUUGUGUUAUGAAAUUUAUUUACUCUACUGAAAGUAAAAAACAUUCAUGUUUGAUUGCAACCCCAACUUGGUUCAUCUG